UUUAUAUUUUCAUCAUUAGCAUUAUUUAUAUUGAUUCUGGUAUUAUUUUGUUUCAACGAAAAUCAUCGCCAUCAGCGUCGUAUACGACGCCAACAACCACAGCAACAAAAAUGUUUACCGAAGUAGAUGUAUUCAUCGGUAAUAAUACAUUAAUCGAUCCGAAAAUCUAUGAUUAUUGGCUCGAUGGUUAUCCUGCUCAACAUGCAGCAAAAGAAGUUCGUGAAAAGGAUUUUACAAGUCUAAACAAUGUACAUGAAGAUCUUAUUAUUAGCUACGUACUUGACCAAUAUCGAACAUUUCAGAUGUUGGAGAAAUUAUUACACAUUCCUAUUCAAUUAUCUGAACAAUGGACAUUUCAGAUGACACCGGUUACACAACAAAUGUUGAUUGAAAAGUAUUAUGAUUUUAAAGAUGCUGUGGUGCGUGAAAUUCUGGGUAAAAAAUUAUCUGCUAGAAAUCGAAAAGAAUUGGAUGAAGUCAGCGAGCGUACUGAAGUAUCUAUAAAAAGUUGUCGACGACAAUUCGACAACAUAAAACGUGUGUUUAAAAUGGUGGAAGAUAUUCCUGGUAAUCUAUGCCAAAAUAUACAAUCACAUUUCUUGUUACCACCAGAUUUGGCCAAAAAAUAUGCAGCUAUCGUUUACAUUUCCAAUAAUCGUUUUGAAACAUCUAAACGAAAACUUCAAUACCUUCACUUUACCGAUUUUCUACAUUGUUCACUUGAAAUCAUGAACAAUUGGUCGUGCAAUAAUCCUGAUUGUAAAUAUGAAGAAACAUCCAUGGAUAUCGAUCGAGAAUUUCUUCAUGAACUUCGUGAUUUACGAACUCUUUUGGAAAAGGAUAAUUUAGAAGAACAUCGCCUAUUAGUAUUGCGUAUGUUGAAACCAAAUCUUACCGAGAAAAAAUAUAAUGAUAUUGAUUCAGCUUUCAAAAAUAUUUCUAGAAAUAUUAUCAACAUUGCUUAUGGUCUUAAUCAUAGCAAAGAAAUACGUGAUCUUUUUCUUGAUAUAGUGGAAAAAAUUAUAGAAUUAUUUAAAGCGAUUAAAUUAAAAAUGUCCAUUAUCAUAAGAAGUCCACAUCUUUUCAACUGUUUACGAAACACAAAGUUUGUCGUGAUCACUCCUGCCUUUUCUCCAAAAAAUGGUGCGUCUUUGUUGCAGAAUGUUCGAUUCUUUUCCGUUGGACGUCGUGGUGCUCGAAGUGGAGUCACGCGAUCCAUCCCUGUAGCCAAGGAACGUCGAUCAUUGAAAGAGAUUCUUAUGCAACCAACAAGUGGUGCGCCAUUCGCAUUUGGUUCAUCAGCGGUCGCAGGUGCUUCAUUGUUUGGUCUUGGUGCUCUUUGCUAUUAUGGAUUCGGUUUGAGUAAAACCCCGGGAACAUUUGAAAAUGCCUAUGCGUGGCCUAGCUAUGUUCGCGAGCGCAUUAAGAGUACCUAUUUUUAUUUUGGAUCUGGAUUGGCCAUAACUGCUGGUUCGGCAAUUGCUGCUUUCCGUAGCCCAUUUGUGAUGAAUCUGGUUACGAAAAAUUCCAUGAUGGGAAUCUUAUUGACUAUUGGUGCAAUGAUAGGUACAUCGAUGGUUGCACAAUCGAUCCCAUAUCGUGAAGGAUUCGGCAGCAAACAGCUAGCAUGGGCAUUACACUGUGGUGUAGUCGGUGCCGUAAUCGCUCCACUUUGCAUACUUGGAGGUCCACUCAUGUUACGUGCUGCGCUUUAUACAGCUGGAAUUUCUGGUGCAUUAUCAGCCAUUGCUUAUUGUGCUCCUAAUGAUAAAUUUUUGACGAUGGGUGGCCCAUUGGCUCUUGGUUUGGGUUUCGUAUUUGCCGCAUCAAUGGGCUCAAUGUUUCUACCACCAACGACAGCUUUAGGUGCAUCCUUAUAUUCAAUCAGUUUAUAUGGUGGUCUUUUGCUAUUUUCUGCAUUUUUACUCUAUGAUACACAACGAAUUGUUCGUCGUGCUGAAACACAUCCACCUUAUGCAAUGAUGCCAUAUGAUCCUGUCAAUGCCUCCAUUUCAAUCUACAUGGAUGUCAUUAAUAUUUUCGUUCGAUUAGUAACAAUAUUGGCUGGUGGAUCUGGAUCGAAAAGACGUUAAAAAACAUUUUGGAUUUGAAAAAAAAUUAGUUUUUCUCUUUCACACAUGUGUCUACAGACAAACUCAUUUUUUCUGUUUUAUUGAAA